AUGCAGAAGAAACAUGGUCAUGAGUACGAGGGGCUGGGAGCGCCGAAGCCUCCGUGGCGGGUUAGCCUGGCCGCCCGGAAAACGGGCCUGUACCGGCCUGACCUGCCCACCUUACGCCGCAUGAACAUGGACGAUGAAGCUAGCAAACUGCCCAACGAGCACUGCAGGAACACCACCACAUGCACCGCUGAUGACUUUGCAAGUUCUUCCUUUACCCUAUUUGACCAUCCAAAACAAACCCAUGCAGCAUUGUUAUUUAACUAUGCUGGAGGAUCACUGACUGCAAGUGACAAAUUUUCUCCUGAUCGAAAACGAUAUACAAUCCCCAGCAUUCAUAUCGAGAAACCCUGGAGCCACUAUAAGCCUUUGAUUACUAAGGCCUCAAAGGAUUGGUCUCAGUUUGUCUCGGAGUGUGGGGAAUUUGUGCUUCCCAAAAGGGACUUCAAAGAUAUACACUUCUCUGGUUAUGCAGUCAGAUAUUUGAAACCCAACAUUACCCAGUCCUGGAAGUAUCACCUUCAUUCAGAGCCAUCGGUUUCCAAAUAUGAUCAGAAGCCUAUUCCAUACGAAACUUGGAAUCGAUAUAGAAGGUUAUCCAGUCCAUUCAGCCGUACUUCCUUCCAGCGACCUUGGUACUAGAGCACAUCGUGGGUUCAGAAGCUAUGAGCAGAAGUUAUCAUCGUGGAAUCUGUUACCACAUUUGCUGCAGGAUCAGGAGCUGAUAAAAUAAUUUCAUAUAAGUAAACAGUUUUCAACCAAUAGUAAGA